AUGGCCGCGUUAGUGUGUGCUGAUAAAUUGGGCGUUGGUGAUAGGGAAAUUAUGAAGGAGGUUUUGAGAGAUAAGUUACAGGAAACUCCAACGAAAGCGCUGCUCAACUUAGUGGUUAAACCGACAACUGCAACUAAACUGGCUGAUGCUGACGAGGAGACGGGGACUUUCACAAGAGAGCUUCUACUCGAUCACGUCAUGAAUAUCCUCAAUGAGCGAGCCGCGUCUACGGAGGACCCUAUGAUGGCUGUUGAUUUGCUCGAUUUAUGGUAUCAGCACCAAGAUAGAUUACCAAACCGAGAAAUAUUGCGAAGUGUGGUAAUGUUGGCGUUGAGUCCCGAGGCGAUCUCGGUGCGGUAUAUGAAAGUUAUCCAGUGCAUCGCCGAUAUUGGUAUGGAAAAAUUCGAAGAUGAUGCUCAUAUGCGAAAACAACUAGUAGGUUCAGCUCGUGGAGUUUAUAUACGAAAUCGGGUAGAAAAGGAAGGGGUAUCGAUCGAUAUAUGGGCUCACGUUGCUGCCUUGCUUAACGUGGAAGUGGCUAAUGGAGCACUGGAGGAAGUUGAUAACUAUAAUCAAUUAUAUCGUGUGAAGGAAUGGUGGGAAUGUGUGAACAACGAUAUUGCUGAAACCGGGAAGAUCCUCAUUCGAGUUGCCCACCCAGAGAUGACACUGUUACUUGACGAUCUCGUAAACAACUCGUGA